GGCGAGGCUGCUCUCGCUCUUGUCUCCUUUCCGGACCGGUUCUCUACUUCCAUUUCCAUGUGCCUCCGUGUAUGUGUGUGUGUGUGUGUGUGCGUGCGAACGGGCCAGAUUGUGUAUGUGUGUAUGGGAUGAGGGUGCUAGCUUUCAUUAUUUUAUUUAUUAUUCAUUCGUUUUCGCCUAUGUUACCACGAGUGACGAGAUCCGGCCACCGAUGACCCCAAAAAACCCCUGCGACGACCGGGGUUGAUUCACUAGGUUGUCGCGUUGUCGGUAUUGUUGUUGUUGUUGUUGUUGCUGUGUUGUUGGUAGCAACAGUUCGUCCCUGGUUGCUUUUCUUCCAUCUUCUUCUCCGGUCAUCAACUUAUCCUAGAGAAAUUAGAAACAAGAACCAACAAGGAGAAGAUCAACGAGAUCAAACGAAACACACACACACAAACACACACACACACACACACACACACACACACAAGAAGCCUGGAGCUCAUCAUCCAGUCCGCCAGCCAUCCAGCCAGCCAUCAACCCCGUCCUCAACGACACAUCAUUCAAAACCGGCCAGUAGAAGAGCGAGUCGCGAACGACGCUCUACAGGUCGUUUGUGCUCUGCGAGUGUGUGUUUGUGCUUGCAGGCGCGUUAACAGAAUCUCUCUAUUGUUCCACCGCGCGACCGCUUUUUCCACUGACGCACACACACACACACGUGCGCGCAUUGUGUUCUACCUGUGCAUUCCCCCUAUUAUCAGCCAUCCAUCUGGCGUUCUAGCCACAAUUCCAAUAACCGUAUGCUGAGCAGUAGCCGCAGUAGUAGUGCUUUCGAAGAUAGGAGGUUCGCCCAGCAUCCGUUAGCAGCCUCCCCCAGGUAGUGCCUAGGGAAACAUUCGAGCCGGCAACACGUGCCCCCGUGCUUUUAACGUGUGUGUGUGUUGUGUGUGUAUGUGCGUGCUAGCGACAAGGAGCAAGCGCCAGCCGUGUCGCCGCUGAUGCUGCUGCUGCUGCUGCAACACGCACGACCGUGUCCUGGAAAGAAUGUGAGGGCCCGAUCGCCGUCAACCGUGUCCGUCGUCGUAGCUGAUUGUGUACCGCGUGCCGGGUGUGCGUAGAGCGAGAGCGCCUGCUAGGACGAUCCUAGGAUAGCACAGUAGUAGCUAGAGCUAGAUAGCCGAUAGAUAGGUAGCGGAAGGAACGCGUGUCGCGAGUGCUGUGUGAUUGUGCGUGUGCGUGUGUGUGCGUGUAUUUGUGAGUGUGUACUGUGCGUGUGUGUGGUCCAUAUGAAAGUUGUGAUACAGGAAGUAAGGGACUAGGACGACUCCUCCUGCUGAAGUGUGCAACGAGGGAACGACGAACGAAGCAGCAGCAACAACAAGAAAAACGCGAGAGAGAGAGAGAGACGAGAGAGAGAGAGAGAGUGAGCACCCCGCUGCUCCGUGAGGUGACCUCAAGAUGUUCAAGUACAUACCCAUCUUCAAGGGAUGCAACCGACAGAUCGAGUACGUCGACAACCGGCACUCGUCGCUACCGAACGUACCGGAGGAGAUCUUCCGCUACUCGAACAGCCUCGAGGAGCUGCUGCUCGAUGCAAACCACAUUCGCGACCUGCCGAAGGGGUUCUUCCGGCUGUACCGGUUGCGGAAGCUCGGUCUCAGCGAUAACGAUAUCCUAAAGAUACCCUCCGACAUCCAGAACUUCGUGAAUCUGGUCGAGCUCGAUGUAUCGCGCAAUGAAAUCGGUGACAUUCCGGAGGAUAUUCGGCACCUGCGCAGCCUGCAGAUUGCGGACUUCAGCUCGAACCCAAUCCCUCGGCUACCGGCCGGCUUCUCGCAGCUGCGGAACCUCACCGUGCUCGGGCUGAACGAUAUGUCGCUGACGUCACUGCCACAGGACUUUGGCUGUCUGUCGAAGCUGGUAUCACUGGAGUUGAGGGAGAACCUGCUGAAGAACCUACCAGAGUCAAUUAGUCAGCUGACGAAGUUAGAGCGGCUGGAUCUAGGCGACAACGAGAUCGACGAGCUGCCGUCGCACCUCGGCUACCUGCCGGCACUGCAGGAGCUGUGGCUCGACCACAACCAGCUGCAGCGUCUGCCGCCCGAGAUCGGGUUGCUGAAGAAGCUGGUCUGCCUGGACGUGUCGGAGAACAGACUGGAGGAGCUGCCGGAAGAAAUCGGUGGGUUGGAGUGUCUGACCGAUCUGCACCUGUCGCAGAACCUGCUAGAGACGUUACCGGGCGGGGUGGCGCGCCUCACCAACCUGUCCAUCCUGAAGCUCGACCAGAACCGGCUGCACACGCUACACGACACGAUCGGUUGCUGCGUGAACAUGCAGGAGCUGAUCCUCACCGAGAACUUCCUGGCCGAGCUGCCGGCCUCGAUCGGCAACAUGGUGCUGCUGAACAACUUGAACGUCGACCGGAACGCGCUAGUGGCGGUACCGUCCGCGCUCGGGCACUGUCGGAAGCUGGGCGUGCUGAGCCUGCGGGAGAACAAGCUGACGCGGCUACCGUCGGAGCUCGGUCACUGUAGCGAGCUGCACGUGCUCGAUGUGUCCGGCAACCUGCUGCAGCACCUGCCGUACGCGCUGGUUAACCUGCAGUUGAAGGCGGUCUGGCUGUCGGAGAACCAAUCGCAACCGGUGCCGACCUUCCAGCCGGACGUGGACGAGUCGACCGGUGAGCAGGUGCUGACGUGCUUCCUGCUGCCGCAGCAACGCUAUGUACCUUCGGCGGCGGGGACGACGCGUGGCGGUGGCAGUGGCCGCGAUCCCGACAGUGACUCGGACAACUGGGAGGAACGUGAGGCAUCCCGUACACAUUCGGUCAAGUUCACCGAGGAUUUCGGUGCGGACCGGGAUACGCCGUUCGUGCGCCAGAACACGCCGCACCCGAAGGAGCUGAAGAUGAAGGCGCACAAGCUGUUCGCCAAAGAGCGGCGAGCGGGCGAGGGUGGUGCCGGGGAGCUGUCCGGUAAUCUCGACACGCUGUCGGAGGAGUCGGCCUCUCGGCCGUCCCUUGCCUUAACGAAGGCGAGCUACGGGGCGGCCACCAUGGAGGACAUACAGGGCGCGAUGCCGAACGAGACGGUUGGCAAUGCGGGUGGCUCGACACUUGAGCAAGGUGGUGCUGAUGGGGAUGGUGGUGUUGGCGACAGCUAUGCCGAUGAUAAUGGUGGCGACGAUGAUGAUGGUUACGAGCGGCGCGUCGGCUUCGAGGUCAACGAUGAUGACGAGGGCGGUGGCGACGGUGACGACCGCUUGUACGGUGACGCGGAAGACAGUGACGAGAAUGGUGGGAGUGGUGGUGGCGGUGGCAAGAAGCCCAUCUCGAAGCUGCACCGCAGAGAUACGCCGCAUCAUCUGAAGAACAAACGCGUCCACCAUACCAUCACCGAUAAGAACACUAAUCUGAUGUUUACCUCCCUGAAGCUGAAGGAGAUGGGUCCGCCGAAGCUGGAUGAGCAUCCCGUUCUCGUGGCGGAGCAUCCAGCCACGGAGACACCCGACAGCAACGAUACGCUCGAUGCGUACACCGCGCUGAAGGAGGAACGGCUGGAGAUCCACAUCGAGCGCACGUCGGCUGGGCUCGGGCUCAGUAUUGCCGGUGGCCGUGGUUCGACGCCGUUCAAGGGCGACGACGAAGGUAUCUUCAUUUCGCGCGUCACGGAGAAAGGACCGGCCGAUCUGGCCGGGCUGAAGGUUGGCGAUAAGGUACUGAAGGUGAAUGGAAUCUCCGUGGAGGAUGCGGACCACUACGAUGCGGUCGAGGUGCUGAAGGCGUGUGGUAGCGUGCUGGUGCUGUUUAUCUCGCGCGAAGUAACGCGCCUAAUCGGCCACCCGGUGUUCGAUGAAAAUGGGACGGUAGCGCAGAUCAGCGUGUCCGAUGGUGGAUCGCUGAAGGCGGUCGAUGCACCGUUACCGGCACCGCUGCCAACACCGCCACCAGUUACAGGCGCUGCGGCGACCUAUAGUGGCGCUCUGUCACCGAAUACGGUCGGGCUGCCAAACGGCAACGGUAGUAGUGGCAGCGUUCAAGCCGGAGCUGGCAAUCUCGACGUGGAGCUGCUGAACGGGAAGGAAAUCACACAGAAGGUGAUUCUACACACGACGCUGAUCCGGGAUCAGAUCGGGCAGGGGCUCGGCUUCAGUAUUGCCGGUGGCAAGGGUCACGUCCCGUUCAAGGACGGUUCCGAGGGUAUCUACAUCUCCCGGCUGACCGAGGGUGGCGUGGCGCACAAGGACGGCAAGAUCCUGGUGGGCGAUCGCGUACUAGCGAUCAAUGGCGUUGACAUUACCAACGCGCAUCAUGACUACGCCGUACAGCUGCUGACCGACCAUCAGCGUUUCGUGCGGUUGGUGGUGCAGCGCGAGGUAAAGGGUGGGCUCGAUGCGUUGCACAGCCCUCGCAGCCCGAUCGUCGGCCCGCCCAGUCGCAUCGGCUAUGGUGGCGCUCGAACUGCAACAUACACAGGAUACCGGCGCUCGACAGAUGACGCGAACGCAACGGACAGCAAUGGCAGUGCGCCCGCUGGUGUAGCUCAGGAACCGAGGCUCGACGAGCACCAGCCAAAGCAACACCAGCAGCUGCUGACAUCAUCAUCAAUGUCAUCAUCGGUACAGCAGCAACAGCAGCAGCAGCACCAACCAUCUGCCGUCGAUGGGCUCAAGCAACAGCAACCACCCUUACCUGCACCCCGUACAGUAUUAAUGCAACACGUAAAUAAUCAUCACAAACCCGAUAGUAACGGGGUGGUGGGACCGAAUGCAGCAGCAGCACCGACUACCGCAGCAUCAGCGACCAACGCAACGCCGGAGGUAUCGACUAAUAAUGGAGUGCUGGCGCACCCAACGAACGACGAUCCGCAGGCGACGGCGGCCCGGCCGAUGACCAGCGCGGACUUUCAGGCCAUGAUCCCGUCCCACUUUAUCAGCGGCGGGCGGCAGGUACACGUCGACCGAGCCGAGCACGGCCCGUCGGUCACGGUUACGGUGCAGAAGGCCGUUCCGGAUAUGCCGAUGCUGCCGCCGGCGCCCACCGAGCUCGGUACCGUCACCGAAACGAUUACCAAGUCAACCUUCACGGAGACGGUAAUGACGCGCGUUACCGACAAUCGCUUGUUGGAACCACUGAUCAGCGAGGAAGUCGUGCUGCCUAAGGAUCAGGGUUCGCUCGGAUUCAGCAUUAUCGGCGGAACAGACCAUUCCUGCACACCGUUCGGAGCGCACGAGCCCGGUAUUUUCAUAUCGCACAUUGUGGCUGGUGGUAUUGCGGCGCUGUCGGGUAAGCUGCGCAUGGGCGACCGGAUACUGAAGGUGAACGGAACCGAUGUGACGCAGGCAACGCACCAGGAAGCGGUGAUGGAGCUGCUGCGACCGUGCGACGAUAUCAAGCUGACCGUCCAGCAUGACCCAUUGCCGGCUGGCUUCCAGGAGGUGCACAUCGUUAAGCAGGAGGGAGAACGGCUCGGCAUGCAUAUCAAGGGCGGACUGAAUGGUCAACGUGGCAACCCGAUGGACAACCUCGACGAGGGUGUCUUCAUAUCGAAGAUCAACAGCAAUGGGGCGGCCAAGCGCGACGGCCGGCUCCGGGUCGGUAUGCGUAUCCUGGAGGUAAACGGACUGUCGCUGCUAGGUGCCACGCACCAGGAGGCGGUCGAUGCACUACGUGCCUCCGGUAACCAGUUGCAGCUGGUCGUGUGCAAGGGCUACGAAAAGUCGGACCUGCUGCAUUUGUCGGGCAGCGCGGGCGGCAUGAGUACCGGGCUGGCCGGUAGCAAUGGGGAAAACGCACGAAUCGGAUCGCGCGCCUCCGAGACGGGCUCCGAGCUGAGUCAGAGCGUGUCCAGCCUCGACCGGGACGAUUCCGUCGUCGCGGCAGUCAAUGAGGCCGUUCACCUGAGGAAGCUUAGCGUCGAUCGGAUCGAUGAAGAAGUGAUACCGAAGCAACAGCAGCAGCAGCAGCCACCAGCAUCAACCCCUGCACCAGCGGUCACGACGGUCAUGGAGCAGCCGGAGCACAAUUUCUCCAAAGCCCUGACACCAGUCAAUCCGCCGGCCGACCAGCAGCUGGUAGCGCACAGUUCAAGGGAAAAGAGCACCCCAGAGAAGGUAUUGGACAUAGUGCGAGCCGCCGAAUCGUUAGCCCUCGGGGGACAGGCGCUGAUCGAAAACGGACCACCGAUGUCACCGAUCGAGGCGACGACUAACCCGGAACCACUGCAGAAGACGACCACCAUUGUGAUGUCGAAGCAUACGCUCGAUACGCAAGCACCUCAGGUCGAACGGCGCCGCGGAAGCGUACGAUCGUUGUCGCAUGCGGACGAUCCUCCUACCACCAUCUCCUCAAUUAACCCUUCCGACGUAGCGACCAUUGCCGUAGAUACUACUAACACCAGUAACAAGCAGCAGCAGCAGCAGCAGCCACUGUACGGCGAGCAAAGCGGUACCAGCGUAGAUGAUGUUCCCAUCUUCGGUAAGCAGCGCAAACCGGUGGGAGCGUCACAGCCACAACAGGGUACCGGUACUGCUCCAGUCCACCGCAAAUCCGUCAGCUUCGAUCUGCAGUCGGCGGAGGUGGCGAAUGACGAGGAGUCACCGGUGGCGACCGAGGUGCACGCGUUCGACGUGGCGAUGCAGCGCGCCCGCCAAACCUUUGCGACCAACGCCAAAGUGCCAACCGGGGCCGGAAGAAGGCCCCCAUCACCACCUUCCUCAUCACCACCACUACCACCAGUACCACCAGCGACGGUGGUGACCAAAGUGGGAGAGCAACGGAUGGGGAGAGGCCCGGACGAGCUACAUCAUCUUCAUCAUCAUCCGCUGCAUCCGCUGAAGGGUAUUCUGCGCUCGGGUAGCCCUUCUACGUCGACGCGCAGCAGCAGCUCCACACCGGAACAGCGUUUCACGCAACAACACCAGGCGCAUCGGCACGACGACGACGACGACGACGACGACGACGGGGAUAAUGUCUUCCAGCACCGACCAUCAGUGAGCACGAGCGAGGAGGAUGAUGACGACCGGGAGGCAGAAGCGGAAGGUCAUCCACGGACCCACACACCGGCCGUUGGCAGCGGGAGUGGCAGUGGGAGCGCGGAGCCACGCGGCGUACUGAAGCGUGCCGAGGUGGUCCGGAAUCGGGCGGCGAAAAAGCUGCAGGAAGAGUUCGGCCAGGGCGAGCUGGUCGAGUAUGAGCAUGAUCCGCGUACGAACACAAUCCGACCGCUGGCGCGACGAACCGGUGGUAGUGAGGUGCCAGUGAUCGAGAUGGUACCGGCCCGGUACGACACGCUGCCGGUGCACCGGAAGGCACAGUUCGUGCACGAGAACACGACCAGCAACCUGCUGGUACCGGAGGAGGUGCACCGGCAGGUGCUGCUCGAAGAGAAUGACGUCCGGAAUAAGCUGCUGGCCCAGUACCAGUACCAGUAUCAUCACCAACACCACCACCAUCCGGAUCCGCUCGGAUCGUACAUUUACGCCUCCCGUUCGAACUCGGCAUCACCGAUGGCGGCACAGCAUCAGCAUUAUCAGCAUUAUCAGCAUCAUCAGCAUCAUCAGCAGCAGCUGCUGCACGGUUCGGCUACCGGUUACGAGUUGUACGGCUUGAAGCUAACCAGCCCACCCCCUGGUUUGGUUCGUCCACACGAGCCUCCACCACCACCACCACCGCCAUCACAACCACCGACCAUUGUGACACCGGAGGUUGGUUUGCCGGCGCAGAUCUAUCCACCGGUUCAGGUGCUGCCGGUGCACUACACCAAACUACCGACGCCGCAGCACACCAUCUACACGUACACCACCGGCACUACCACGAUGUCGCCACCACCGCCGCCGCUACCGCCGGUCAGUCAACCUGGCCAUCAUGGCCAUCAUCCAGCCUAUCAUCAUCACCAGCUGGCGCAGCUUGAUCAGCAGCAGCAGCAGCAGCAGCAGCGGCACAUCGCGCUUACCACCACCACUAAUAGCAACAGUAGCAGAAGCAGCAACAGUCCCGGUAGCGGUACGUACGUAACCUUGGUCCAGCCGCUACCAAACAACACCACUGCCCACCGCACGCCUACCCCAAGCCACACGAUGUCGCCACCGCUCGAGCCGAAAACUCCGAAAAGCGUCUCCGAUAAGAAGCGGUUCUUCGAGAGCGCCAUGGAAGACCAACAGAAGCCGACCCCGAAAUCAGAGAAAGUCUUCUCCUUUCUAUCGCAAGACGAGGUAGAAAAGCUGAGGCAGGAAGAGGAGCGCAAGAUCGCGGCGUUCGGGCGGGAUCGGAUCCAGCGACGCUACGAGGCGGACGAGGAAGAAGAGCAAGAUGAGGAGGAAGAGGAGGAAGAGGAGGAGGAGCAGGAGGAGCAGGAAGAGCAGAACAAUGAGCAUGGGACAGUGCAGGGCGAAGAGGUGCAGGAGCAGAAUGCGGGCGAGAAAGAAAAAUCGGACAUCAACGAUAACAAUAUGAGGAGCUAUGGUUCGCCGCCGCGUACCUGGCCACCACCGACCGGUGACAGUGAGCAGCUGGCGGCCCUGCUAGCGAAGACGACCCCGGUGGUCAGCCGCAUCCCCAUUCGGACGGUGAACGCGGAGAAAAGGGCCCGGGCCAACAACUGUCUACCACCGGAGUACGACGAGUCCAAGCUGAGCCCCUCCGAGAUCCGGGCGCUAAGGGCCCAAAAGCGAGCUGCCUGGCGGCAGGCACGGCUCAAGUCGCUCGAGAAUGAUGCGCUGCAGGCACAGAUCAUGAUCCAGACGAUGAAUGCGGCCGUCCUGAGUGAGGAGAGUGCUCAUCUCGGCAGCACCCAGAGUAACAGCGGCAGCGGCACCUCCAUUGCUGGUGAGACUACUAGUGAGUCCCAGCAUCAGCAGCAGCUGCAGGUGGUCGACGAGGAGACGUUCUCGGUAACGAGGAGGCAGCAGCAAAGGGAGAAACAGGAGCGGCACGCAGGGAUGGCGGCGACGGUACCGGCUGGACAGCAGGAAGAUCCAGAAGAAGAAGAAGAAGAAGAAGAAGUAGUGGAUGGAGGGGUCGUGCGCUUUCCGCGCCUUGCCGUCAAGUCGCGCCCGGGCAGCGAGGUCAUCGUGCGCGAAACCGAGAAGGUGGUCGAGGAGAAGGUCACUCGCCGCACGGAAGAGAUCCCGGGCGGUGGUCUACGGACGGUCGAGUACAUUGAGAAAGUCAUCGAAACCGAGGUUGAAACGAUGCGCGAAAAGAUUAUAAUGUUCGAGCUGGAGGACUCGCUGGGUGGCGAAAGUGAUCAGCAAACACCAGCGGAGGAACCGAAACGCGAGACGAUCGAACCAUACGCAAACGACGAUGGUCAGGAUGCAAGGGAUGGUGGGGGCCGGCUAGCGACGAAGGACUGUGCAGUAGAGCAAGAGUCGGAACGCGGUGAGGAUGAGCAAGAGGUCGAAUCGGAGCAGGAGCCAGAACCGGAAGCAGAGCCGGAACGAGAGCCUGAACCAGAGCCUGAACCGGAGCCGCAACUGCACACGAUCGUCGAGGUAAUCAACCCGAUGCUGACCGGGGACGGACAGCCGCACAACAUCGCGGUCGGUCGGUACAACGACAUCUACGGCGAUGAUUCGUUCACCGCCAUCGGCGUGGUAUCCUACGAGGAGGGUACGUUCGAGUCGGUCAACGACAAGAUGAAGCACGUGCUGCGCGAGCUGAAGCAGAACGAGAAGGUGCGACAGAACCUAUCGAAGAGCCUCACCGAGGACGAGGACGAGCACGACGCGGGGGCUGUGGAUGCCGACGACGAUGAUGAUGAUGCUAGCGACGACCAGGUGCACGAUGUGUUCGAGCAAGAUCAACCGGACGGCUAUGAGGAGAAGACGGGCGCCAUCGGGACCGUGUUUAUGGUGCGCGAGCGGCUGAUCAACGACUUCUACACGCACCAGAGCGAACUGCUCGCUCAUGAACAGCAGCAGCAACAUCAUCAUCUCCGGCGGAAGCUCAAGCAGCAGCUGCUCGGUACUUUCAACGAUGGUGAGGACGAGUGCGAGGUCAUCACUAACCCGAACGCGGAAGGCUUUGCGGAGGUCGACGACAUCAAUGAUAGCAACAACUGUAACGUGGCUGGUGACCCGUGUGGUACGGAACGUGUCGCUGACCGCGCUGCUGCUGCUGCUGCUGCUGCUGCUGCGGACCAUCAGAAUGGCAACGGAGUGGAAGGUGGUAUCCAGUCAACCACCACCACGACGAGUAAGCACUUGCACGAGGAGGAAGAGGAUGAGGAGAUGGGGAUGAGUGCCGGUAGUGUGCUUGCAAACGAGGAUGCAUCCGGUGGUGCCAGCGCAACCAGUGCGGCCAGCUCACAGAAGCGGAAAAAGCGAAAGGGUAAAAAGAAGAAAUAAGGGUCGGAUAGGAGCGGCCACCCGUGAGACCCGUUCGUGUGAGGCAGAGCAAAUGAUAGGCAAUAAUAAUAUAAAAAGGGAGCGAACCAGAGCAAUUUCAAAGCGCGGGAGAGGAGUGACAAAAAGUGAUGUCAUCGCCGCUCACCGCAACCCCGAAUUAUGAAUCCCGAUCUUCCAGUUGGAGACCUCCUGCUGUUGUUGCUGGUGUGUCGGCAGAAACUAGCCAGUACUGUAGGAGCAGGAGGUUGGAGUAAUAGCAGUAGCAGGAGGUUGGAGUGAUAACAGUAGCGGUCAGUUCCGUCGGUUAGCAAGUGCCCACCGUAAGUGAUCCGUCAUCUUCGAACUAGUGCCGCGAACUCACAUGCAUACAUAGGGUAAACACACGGGAAGAACAUCGUCGGGGGGGGGAUCAGGGCUUUUUUUUACAGUUAGCCAAUGCCCGCCACCAAAAGCAGUUAAACUCCGUUUUUAAUCCAUCAAUCCAUCCACUCGACGCGCAGGAUUCACAUCCAGUGCCAGUUUGGGCGCAAAACCGGUAUCCGCGAUCCCGACUAGACGUGCGAGGUGUGGCGAGGAGGUGUAUUCCUCCCACCCACGCUAAGGGCCUCUGAAAUCCUUGAUCUUGGACGAUAGUAUCUCAUAAUAUUUAUCGCGAUUUGUGCAUUUUCCCCACAAUAUUUUUUUUUAAUUUUAUUUUUAACUAUUGACAACCAUUCUCCCCUCACCCGCUCGCACUGUGUCACGUGUCACGUGGAAAAUGGAGGGAGACGGUUAGCAGGCGUACAGCACGGCUCUCAACGAAACAAACAAACCCAAAACAAACAACGCGAUCGAGCAUCGAGCGGGAUCCGUCAAUACAUCCAUAGUUCCCGUCCACGUCGGGUUGCCGUGCUGUGCGACAGGAGUGCAGAAAAUAGGAAAGACAGUGAGCGAGAGAGGGGGAGAUAUAGAUAGAGGGUGAUUGAUAGAAAGAGAGAGAGAGAUAGAGAGAGAGAGAGAGAGAGAGAGAGAAUGAGAGAGAUAGAGUAUUCGAAUAUCCAACUUAUUUUAAACAUCGUGCUGCUACAUUAAAUAUAAACGAACAAACGGUUUUUACUUUCUUCUCAUGUUUUCGUAUCCUCGUUCCUCGGUGUAAUGAAGAGCAAGGGGAGAGAGUGGAAACACGAAUAAAGCGAAAGCGGCUAAGGGAAACCAACGCCGCGACGAACAACUAUA